ACAAAAUCAACGCGCUUUAUUAAUGUUUUUAUUAUCGCUGCUAAGGCAAACAAAUACAGCAGAAUGCUGAGCCCAUAAAAGCAUUUCAACGCUAAUUUUCGGUUCCACGCAAUUUUUAAAAACUACUGUUGUUCCAUGAACGAUCGGGACUCGGAUGCGAGAUACGCGCUGAUGCUGAUAGACAUGUUGUUUGGGGGGGAACACGAAGAAGAGUAUCAGGAUUUAAUGAUUUCCGAUGAGGAGACCGAUUCUGAGUAUGCAGAAGAGCACGGAGAUUUCGAAACUGAUCCUGAAGAAAGUGAUACUGAGCCAGCAGAACUUGAACCAGGAGAUCCUGAUGAAACUGAUGCCGAAGACACCGAUGCUGAAGAUGCCAAUCCUGAGCCAGCAGAGCCUGCGCCAGCAGAACCAGCGCCAGCAGAACCAGCGCAAGUAGAGCCUGAGCCAGCAGAGCCUGCGCCAGCAGAGCCUGCGCCAGCAGAGGCUGCGCCAGCAGAGCCUGCGCAAGCAGAACCCGAGUCGGUAGACGAGCCAGAGCCACUUCCUGGUGAACAAGAUGAGGUUGUGCUGCUGGAACCAGCUGCCGAGCGACCCACAACGUCCCGCAGGGCACAGCUGCAACAGAGUAACAUAAUAAAUCUUGACUCGCCAUCACCACCAAAGAAACGCAAGCGUCUAUCCAACGUGGCCAGCACGGAAAUGGGCACGCCGGUAGCCAAGCCAUCGUCGAACGACGAAGAGGACGACGGCAUGACGUGUCCCAUAUGCCUGGAGUCGUGGGAGAUGAGCGGAGAGCAUCGCCUGGUAUCACUGCGCUGCGGUCAUCUGUUUGGCGAGUCCUGCAUUCGACGCUGGCUCAUCGAGAGUCAACGGCAGUCGGCGGUUAAGGUGUGCCCGCAGUGCAAGACGAAGGCCACCAAUCGAGACAUACGCUGCCUUUAUGCGAAGCGACUGCGGGCCAUAGAUCGCACAGAGGAGCACGACAUGCGCAGAGAGCUGGAUGCAGAGCGUCGCCGCGCCCAGGCGCUGACCACCGAACUGGCAACAGUCAAAAUGUCACAUUCCCUAACCGUCAGCAAGCUGAACGAACUGCAGCUGGAUUACGAGCGGCUGCGCCAGGUGGUGCGCGCGGGCGGCGGCUGUCGCGGCGCCUUUGGCGACGAUCUUAGCGGCGGCGGCACCUUAAAGAGUCUCAACCAGUUGACCAGCCAUCGACUAUACAUGGAAAAGAACUUUGAGAUAACACGAGAUCCCGGCUGCCGCGUGCUGCUCUAUUCGGCGCAGCACUCCACGCUGGUUGCCUCCCAGAAGAGCGCACAGCUUCUGUUUCCCGGCUAUGGAGUGCGCUUCAUCGAUUCGCCCAGCUUCAAGCCGCUGCACUUUCUGCACACCUCGUCCUUGCUGGUGCGCGAUAUUGGUUUCAGCGACAGCCAGCAUUUGUUGACCGUGGCCAGUCGGGAGACGCGCAUUAAAACGUUCGACAUACGCACCCGGGUGUGCAGCAGCGUGUUCACGGCCAAUGACAAGCCGCUGUGGUCCUGCGGCGUGGACCGCAACGAGCGUGAGCACUUUCUAUAUGCGGGCGACCUGCGCGGUGGUGUCUAUGUAUUCGACAUGCGCUUCCCGGAGACGAUCCUCAGCGAGUUUCAAUCUGAGGAAAACUUUAGUCCUGUGAUAAACAUAGCUGCCGUGCCCGCGGGCAAGGUGUUCAGCAAUGGCGGAUUUCUCGUCUGCCAGCUGACCAUAGUGAAAUUCUAUGAGUAUGCCAAUGAUACGGCCCUGCCUACGCGCCUCAACGUGGAUGGUCCCUUCCUGUCCAUGCAUUAUGAUGUGGUGCAGGACACGGUGCUCUUCUCGGCACGCUCCAAUGCCCAGUGUACGCAGUCGCGCUUUAUACUCGCCAAGCUGGACAAAAUCGAUGGCAUUCCAGUGCUCCAGGUUAAGGCCACAAUAUUUGGCUCAACUGCCACGCCCUAUAUGACACGACCCACACAGAUGGGCGUGGAAGAUAAUACGCUGGUCAUUGGCUACUUGCAGGACAACAAGCAGCUGAUGAUGUACGAUGUACGGCGCGAGGAACGCGUCCAAACGAUUCCCGUCAACGAGGUAGUCUACGACAUCUGUCCAGUGGGCACGCCGGCUGGCUAUUACCUGGCCGCCUUGACGGACAACAAGUGUCGCAUCUACAAGGUCAACAGCAGCAGGAACUGAGAUUCCAAUCUGUUGUUGACUGUGCAAAGACUGUGACAAUUCGACUGCGUACUGCGUACCGAUAAUUAUUUAGUAACUAGUUGUUAGUUAAAACAUUUAAGAGUUAUGUUUCAUUGUGGCUUUUUAUUUAAACAUUCUCAUGCUCGCUUCGCACGCACACAGAAAAACUUGAAAUAUAAAUGUAUCCUUCUUUAUUAUUUGAUCAUCUAUACACAUAUCUUGACCAUAAUGUUAAAUUCUUUAUGUUUGAAGAUCUCUUUUUUGAUUCCAGUGUUUCAUCAAUUUUGUGUUUUUAAAGUUUCUUUCUUUUAUUUAAUGUGCGGUCUCUAAACUCCGGCAAAUUACAUGUACGAUUAACUACACAUAUAAAUCAUUUUGAUAUUUGAGUAUAUUUUGAAAAACAAAAUGAUUAUAAUAAAAAACAUUUGUCGAAAUAUUCAGCGUUUUAUCAAACACACAAUAUAUAAACAUUCUAUAUGUUUAUAUAUAGACUCUAGUUUUACAUAAGUUGUUCAAUGUUUGAUUAAUAUACAUUUAAAGCUAUAGAAAAUGUUUUGUUGCAUAUUUGUAUUGGGCUGGCAUGGAUUCCAAAUGAAUGUCAAACUAAAUCAAUUCAACUCUAUAUAGUACAUAAUGUGUAUGUAAAUUGUAGCCCCACGGGACAGUCUCAAAUGUUAAACACACGUAUAUUUACUUCGUUCUUUUUGUUUUUUAUUUUUGCUGCUUUCUCCUGUUCUGGCCUCACUAAAUCUAAAUCUAAAUUGUUUGAUUCUUUAGUUUUGUAAUAUCGAGUCUUGUCUAUAGCGCCCCGGUUCUAUGUAAAAUUGUAUCAAAAAAGAUCGUUGGUCAAAGGUUUUUUGUUUAAACGCUCCAGCUAUAAAUCGUAUAUAUGUAUAUAAUUAGUAUAUAGAAUUUGUGAAAGUGUGUGUUGGAUAGUUGAAAGACGCUAGAUUUGGUCUAUACUUUUCAAGUAUAUGUUCAAAUAUAUUUUGUUGUGUUUUAUUCGUGUUUGUGUGUUUGUCUGAGUGUGUGUUUUUAAGAUUAAAGAAUACAUUAUCAUAGAUAUAUGUACGUAUGUUUAUGUUUAUGUUUAUGUUUAGUAGAGACAUACUUAGAUGCAUUUGCUGCUGUGGAGUUAGGCGUUAUAUUAAAAGAACUUACAACUUAAAUAAUUGUCGAGAACUAAAUGUACAUUCGUAUAUAAACACUAGAUUCACUUAGGCUAAACUAAACUCAUAAUGAAAUCGGAAAUCUCGAUGGGUAAGGAGAAGGAGGAGGGUAGAUAGCAAGGAUAAACGAACUUUUAUAGGACAGUUAAUAAACCGCCGAACAUUGUCAUAGUCUGAGCACGAGUAGGAAUAGGAGUAGGAGUAG